UUCUGUUGUCGCCGUGGCUCCUCUCCUUCCCCGCGGCGGCGGUCCCCUGUCCCGCCGCGCCCGCUGCGCCCGGCGGUGCGGGAGGAUGCGGGGAUGCUGCGGGGAUGCUGCGCUGCCUCCCCGGCCCCGCCGCGGUGGUACGGUCGUUCUGCAGAGCGGCUCCGCGCCCAUGCCGAGCCCUGAGCCCUCCGCCCGCUAGCCGCGAGCAGGUUGCGCUGGGGAGGAUGUCUUAGCCAAGUCCAGAGGAAGAAAUGACCAUGUAGAUUCCACAGCUUGGGUGCAGCAUAAUGGGCAAUGGUGAAUGGAGUGGAGCUGGUCUGCAGCCUUGAGAGCAGCCGUCCCGUGAGCUCCUCCGGGCCGGGAGCAUCCCCCGCCGCACGCUCGGACCCUUCCCGACUCCCCAAUUCAAGAUUCCUCCCCGCCCGUUUUUUAUUCAAAAACACUUCUGAGGUUGUGUCAGCUGCGAGGAGCCGCCAUGGGUGACAUGACGAAUAGCGAUUUUUAUUCCAAGAACCAAAGAAACGAGGCCAACCAUGCAGGAGAGUUUGGGUGCACGCUGCAGGAGCUGCGCUCCCUCAUGGAACUCCGGGGGACAGAAGCAGUAGUAAAAAUUAAAGAGACUUAUGGGGAAACAGAGGGGCUCUGCAGGCAUCUGAAGACAUCACCAACAGAAGGAUUAGCUGGCACUGCUGCAGACCUAGAAAAAAGAAAGCUUAUUUUUGGAAAAAAUUUUAUACCUCCAAAGAAGCCAAAAACAUUCAUACAGCUAGUUUGGGAAGCCUUGCAGGAUGUGACUCUUAUAAUCUUGGAAAUUGCAGCCAUCAUAUCUCUGGGGCUUUCGUUUUAUCAGCCACCUGGAGAAGGGAAUGAAGGGUGCGGCACUGCCACGGGGGGAGCCGAGGAUGAGGGGGAGGCCGAAGCCGGCUGGAUCGAGGGCGCUGCCAUCCUCCUGUCUGUCAUCUGCGUCGUGCUGGUCACUGCCUUCAACGACUGGAGCAAGGAGAAGCAGUUCCGGGGGCUGCAGAGCCGCAUCGAGCAGGAGCAGAAGUUCACCGUGGUGCGGGGCGGGCAGGUCAUCCAGAUCCCCGUGGCCGAGAUCGUGGUGGGGGACAUCGCUCAGGUGAAAUAUGGUGACCUUCUGCCUGCUGAUGGGAUAUUUAUCCAAGGAAAUGAUCUCAAAAUCGAUGAGAGCUCUUUGACUGGGGAGUCCGACCAGGUCCGCAAGUCGGUGGACAAGGACCCGAUGCUGCUGUCAGGCACCCAUGUCAUGGAAGGCUCUGGGAGGAUGCUGGUGACUGCUGUGGGGGUGAAUUCUCAGACUGGCAUCAUCUUCACUCUGCUGGGAGCUGGGGGAGAAGAGGAGGAGAAGAAAGACAAGAAAGCCAAGCAGCAGGACGGGGCUGCUGCCAUGGAGAUGCAGCCGCUCAAGAGCGCCGAAGGCGGCGAGGGCGACGACAAGGACAAGAAGAAAUCCAACAUGCACAAGAAGGAGAAGUCCGUCCUGCAGGGGAAGCUGACCAAGCUGGCAGUGCAGAUUGGCAAAGCAGGUCUGGUGAUGUCUGCCAUCACUGUCAUCAUCUUGGUACUGUAUUUUGCCAUUGACACCUUUGUGGUCAACAAGAAGCAGUGGCUGCCUGAGUGCACUCCUGUCUACGUUCAGUAUUUUGUUAAAUUCUUCAUCAUUGGUGUUACUGUGCUCGUGGUUGCUGUUCCUGAGGGACUCCCACUUGCUGUCACUAUUUCUCUGGCUUAUUCUGUGAAGAAAAUGAUGAGGGACAACAACCUGGUGAGGCACCUGGACGCCUGCGAGACCAUGGGCAACGCCACGGCCAUCUGCUCGGACAAGACGGGCACGCUGACCACCAACCGCAUGACGGUGGUGCAGGCCUACGUGGGCGACGUGCACUACAAGGAGAUCCCCGAGCCCGACUCCAUCCCUGCCAAAACCAUGGAGCUGCUGGUCAACGCCAUCGCCAUCAACAGCGCCUACACCACCAAGAUUCUGCCACCAGAAAAAGAGGGCGGGCUGCCUCGCCAGGUGGGCAACAAGACGGAGUGUGGCCUGCUGGGCUUUGUCCUGGAUCUGAAGCAGGAUUACGAGCCCGUCCGGAGCCUCAUCCCCGAGGAGAAGCUCUACAAAGUUUACACCUUCAACUCGGUCAGGAAGUCCAUGAGCACGGUGAUCAAACUGCCCGACGGCAGCUUCCGCAUGUACAGCAAGGGCGCCUCCGAGAUCGUCCUCAAGAAGUGUUCCAGGAUCCUCAACGCAGCUGGGGAACCUCGCAUCUUCCGGCCCCGCGACAGGGACGAGAUGGUGAAGAAGGUGAUUGAGCCCAUGGCCUGUGAUGGGCUGAGAACCAUCUGUGUGGCUUUCAGAGACUUCCCCAGCAGCCCCGAGCCCGACUGGGACAACGAGAACGACAUCUUAUCCGACCUGACCUGCAUCUGUGUCGUUGGCAUUGAGGACCCAGUAAGGCCAGAGGUGCCAGAAGCCAUCCGGAAGUGCCAGCGAGCCGGGAUCACCGUGCGCAUGGUCACCGGGGACAACAUCAACACGGCGCGCGCCAUCGCCAUCAAGUGCGGCAUCAUCCACCCGGGAGAGGACUUCCUGUGCCUCGAGGGCAAGGAGUUCAACAGGAGGAUCCGAAACGAGAAGGGAGAGAUUGAGCAGGAGCGCAUUGACAAAAUCUGGCCAAAGCUCCGGGUGCUUGCUCGCUCUUCCCCCACGGACAAACACACUUUGGUGAAAGGUAUUAUUGACAGCACACAGGUGGAGCAGAGGCAGGUGGUAGCUGUGACUGGGGAUGGAACCAACGAUGGACCAGCACUUAAAAAAGCUGAUGUUGGCUUUGCAAUGGGCAUUGCUGGCACGGACGUGGCCAAGGAGGCCUCGGACAUCAUCCUGACCGACGACAACUUCAGCAGCAUCGUCAAGGCCGUCAUGUGGGGCCGCAACGUCUACGACAGCAUCUCCAAGUUCCUGCAGUUCCAGCUCACCGUCAACAUCGUGGCCGUCAUCGUGGCCUUCACCGGCGCCUGCAUCACCCAGGACUCUCCCCUGAAGGCCGUGCAGAUGCUGUGGGUGAACCUGAUCAUGGACACGUUCGCCUCGCUGGCGCUGGCCACGGAGCCGCCGACCGAGGCGCUGCUGCUGCGCAAACCCUACGGCCGCAACAAGCCGCUCAUCUCCCGCACCAUGAUGAAGAACAUCCUGGGCCACGCCGUCUACCAGCUCACCCUCAUCUUCACCCUGCUCUUUGUCGGUGAGAAAAUGUUUAAGAUUGACAGUGGGAGGAACGCCCCGCUUCACUCUCCUCCUUCUGAGCACUACACCAUCAUCUUCAACACCUUUGUCAUGAUGCAGCUCUUCAACGAGAUCAACGCCCGCAAAAUCCACGGCGAGAGGAACGUCUUCGACGGCAUCUUCAGAAAUCCCAUUUUCUGCACCAUUGUCCUGGGCACAUUCGCCAUUCAGAUAGUAAUUGUCCAGUUUGGAGGAAAGCCAUUCAGCUGCUCUCCCCUGCAGCUGGACCAGUGGAUGUGGUGUGUAUUUAUUGGAUUAGGAGAGCUGGUCUGGGGUCAGGUCAUUGCAACCAUCCCAACAAGUAGGCUAAAGUUUUUAAAGGAGGCAGGGAGGCUCACUGAGAAGGAGGAGGUCCCUGAGGAAGAACUCAAUGAAGAUGUUGAAGAAAUAGAUCAUGCAGAGAGAGAACUCCGACGUGGACAAAUCCUCUGGUUCCGAGGCCUCAACAGAAUCCAAACCCAGAUCGAAGUAGUCAAUACUUUCAAGAGUGGCACUUCCUUUCAGGGGGCUCUCAGGAGACAGUCCUCCGUCACAAGCCAGACCCAGGAUGUAACCAAUAUUUCUAGCCCUAGUCACGUAUCGUUAUCCAAUGCUCUUUCCUCUCCUACCAGCACCUCUGCUGCUGCGGCUGGGCAGGGCUAGAGAACAUUGGACAAAAGGGUUCAGCAGGAGAGAGUGAAAUAAAAAGAGGUUGUGAGUCUUUAACCUUGAGCCUGAAAUGAAUGUGAACCAAACUCCAGAUACUUGGCUUAGAUGAAGCCAGGUAAACAUUCGAGUAUAAGCCCACACACUACCAACCAGAACACAGCUUUGGUGCUUACAAGGCUUUGGAGAUUUUGCCUAGAUGUUUGUAUUUAGGACUGACAUUCUGAAUAUCACCUUUUUCUUCUGAUGGGAAAAAAAAAAAUUGUAGUAUCUAAAAUUCUACUUCUUUUUUUUGGUUUUGUUUUUGUUUUUUUUUUUUUUCCUUGCCUGAUGCAGUAUAAUAAAUCUGAUUUUCAAGGUGGGAUGAAGCUGAAGUUUUUUUCUGUUACAGCUCCAGAGAAGAAAGAAGUGGAAACUUAUAGCAAUGUCAAAAAUGUCCUGAAGUGUUGUCCCCGCAGUCUUUUGUUAAAAGCAGUUCAUUUUUUUCUGUUGUCUCCAUUACUGUGAGAAAAGGGAGCUGUAUCUCACUGUUUGUCUUCCCUUGGCAUUGUCAGUCUCAUAAAGAAACACCAUUACAUGAACUCUACAUAGUUCAUACUAAACCAACACUUCCCAGGUUCUAUCCAUCACGGAUGUCCCUGCUUUUCCAUGCUUUUACAGCCAUAACAACAUCCCAAGUACAUCUGCUUUCUUUUAUCUUCCAAAAAAACCUGGCUGAGCUUUGGUUCAGCAGAGCCCCAAAACGUUUUAUCACCAGAUAUUACCUCAAAUCUUGAAUUUAAGCUUGUAUUGAAAGAAUUUGUAGCUGCUGGGCCAUCUAACUCAGGGUAAAUAAUAUAUUUAAAUCUGGGGGUUGCAUCAGCUAUAAUAGGUCAAUUAAAUAUUGUAGUAUUAUGAUAGAGAAAUUAAAAUGCCACCUUUAUAUGCAACAAACCCUCUGCCUUUGUUUCCACUAAGUUUUGUCCCUGCAAGCAAUAAUUUGAUCCGUUGAGGGACAGACUUUGAAAAUUUUGAAUUUUCCAAUGCAGAAAUUCUGUCACUGAAUGAUGUGUGACAUUUUAAAAAAAAACAAAAAAAAAACAAACAAAAAAUUUAUUCUGGAUGCCAAGCAUCAACAUUUAACAUACAACAUUUUAAGCUGAGGAGGGAGUUCCCUCUAAAGUGGAAAGUUAAUGGAAAAUUAAUAUACAUCUCUGUACAGAAAUGUUAAGUAAAGAUGUGGGUUUCUACAGCUCCCCUGUGAAGAAAGCUCUUUAGAAAUCUAAUUUGAUUUAUUGUCAGCUUCAGGGACUUGCCAAGUCUGGCUUUUCCAUUACCAUUGCCUUCAGAAGAUGAACUACCUUAGGUAUCAGCAGAGCUGAAGCUGUUCUAAGCUAAUAUUUCCAAUGUGAACAAGUAGAUGCCAUUCUAGAAACAUCUCAGUGUUCUUCCAAGACCCAAACAGUCCUGGCCAAAAAUUUUGCCACACACCUUCACCUAAAAUGAGAGGCUGCAUUUCUAUCUUGAGACCAUGAAGCCAAAAUUCAUUAUUGCAGUGCUCCCCUGCAAUGGCUCAUUAAUUAAUUAAUUAAUUCAAGAGCCACUGCAGAGCCCCAAAUCCAGGUCAAACAUGCAGGCACGUUUGCAGAGCUGCCUGUCAAACACAGCUGGGAUCUGUGGUUCUCCCUGGAUUGACUAGAGGCUUGGAGUUAAAUCCAAACGAGGUGCCAAAUGUUGGUGUUAAAGCAAUACAGAUGCUUUCCCUGCAGUGGGACAUGGAGCUCACAAAUCGAGAGCAGUUCCUCCCUUGCUAAACCAUGGAAACUUAAAUACAGUUUGUGUGAUGAAGAAAAGCUUUCCUUUCUUUGGAUUCUGCUGGAUCUGUUCAGGAUAAUAUCAAACCCUUUUAUUUACAUAAAAUUUACCUUCGGUACAAAGAAUCCAGCUGGCAAAUAGAACCGAAGUCUAUGCCAUAAGAAGUGGCUGUUUCCAAGAAAAUGAAAUUAUCUUGUUUAUUGAUAAGCUCUAGCAUCCAGCUGCAGCUGAAGAGGUGACUGGCAUUUGUGUUUAAAGAGCAGAAAUGAUGGGGAGGUUUGCAGAAAUGUCACCUCAUCAGCCCAUACUCUAAAGUACCCACAGUACUAAAAGUUUCCUGAUUUAAUAUCGGGCAAUAUGGGAAUGUGGUUUUAAGGCUGCCUCAACAAUCACACAGCUUUUUUCAUCAUUACUCUGCAUUUUAAAAGACAAGCCAGGAGGGCAUAGAUAGAGAAGGAAUUUGGCACCUUUUCUGUCUUUAGCAGUGCAGAGGAACCUCUUUCCCCACGCUGUUGACUCUACAGAGCCCUCACACAACUCAGAUUCAGCUCUCAUAAACCCCAGGAGCUCCCUUAGGUACACUGUGUGAUUGCAGUGGGUAAAACUGAUUGGAAAUGUAUUUGUUGAUUAUAUUGUGCAAGACAAUCUUCUCUCUUGCACCUCUGCCAACCUGAAAUGUUCUCUCACCCCAGGGCCUGGCUGAGCUGCUCUGUACCACUCCAAUCCCCUUACCUGGAGCACAAGCAGUCACAUGAACUACUUUUUGUACUGUGCCCUGCUGUUACCAAAUGCAUCUGUGAAGGGAAAGGAGAGAAUUUGGGCUGACCAAACGAUCUGAACGUGGUAGGAUUUCAGCUGUUAAGAUUUAUGAAAGAUGACGAAUAUCCAAAUUUAGAGAGCACAAAAAAGAAUGGAGUUCAAAGAACAAAAACCCAAGUCAGCCUCUUCCUGAGAAGUGCUGAAAUUCUGUCCAACUUGGCCAGCUCCAAGCACGGGAUCAGCUGGACCCCACAGCUGGAGCCCUGUGGCCCUGUGCCAUUACUGAAGUGCAGUCUGCCAAGGAAAAGAGGAAUUAAAGCUUUCCAAAGCAACCGACAAUGUGCAGCAUAUUUACAUGUACAAAGAUCCACAUGCCAACCACCAAACCAUUUCAGACGUGUGUGGAGAAGCUUUCACAGUACCUGCUUGCACCUUUUCUGCCUCUGCCUGUGUUUUAGUCUCCCCCCUGAGAAUUGCUCAAGGUUCUGUCAUGGACUACAUGGAAGUAGAGGGAUAGAACUCAUACUUAGUCAUGAAACAUUUGCCAACAGAUCACGUUUUGCCAUUCCGUUUUUUCCUCUCUGCCCCUCCACCCCCUUCCAAAAAGUUCUGUUUUUUUCAGCAGUAACCCAGCACAACCCUUCACUUCUUUUGAGAACUGGUAGGUCCCUGGGACGUAGAGAGCAUCCCUCCCUUUGCCCACCCACAGAGGAAUUAGUGUCCCCUCUCCUCACUCUGCUCCUCCCAUUUCCUACUGGGAAAACGCUGAGAAUCGCUGGGCUGAGUCUUGAGUUGAUUUUCACCUCUGUUCUUACUGCCAGGUGGUUUCUGGCACUAGGUGGCCCCUGGCACAGGUCCCUGACCUGCUUUAAAGACUGCAUAUAUGGCAUAAAUCGUGUGGCUUUCAGCAUUUAACUGAGACACCAAAUCCAAACAGCUGGCUGUUAACAAUGGGACUCAAUUCUACCCAACAACCAAUCCAUUAUUUUAUUUACACGUUCUUCUAUUUAUUAACAAGCUGAAUGGCUAGAACAGUGGGUCUAUACUCGAGUGUUUACCUCACAUCUGCAUGAAGGACAAAUAAAAGUUGGUUCAACGAUACUAUGUUCACAUUAUCCAGGCUUCCAAGUGUAGUUGUUGUGUGCAAGUUAUCUCUGUUCAUGUGGUAACUGUGAUUUUUAUUUUUUUUAUUUUUUCCCCUGUGGUAGCAUGAUUACGCUUAGUACUCUGUCUGCUUGGCUUUUUGUGCUCUUGGCUGCAUCCAUUUAGAUUUUGCUUUAAAACAUUGAUAUUCUAGUUUUUACACUUGGCUCCUGUGUGUGUCCCAUACGUACCCAUCCCACCGUGUCCGUGUUCCGUGCUUUUCUGUUUGUGAAGUGUGAUAUGUUAUGUGUAAUGGUUUUUUUUAACAACAAUGCAAAAGAGACUUUUUAAUUAAAACAAACAAACAAACAAAAAAAAAAGCCUUUCUACUUACUCACUGCAAAAAACCUAUCAACAUGCAUGGUUUGACAUUUGCAUUACAAUUAACAUGGCUUGUCUUUUACUAGGGAUGUACCACACGAGUGGACCUUGGCUUUCUUUAACCACUCCUCCCCAUCAGUUCUUUGAUGGCUUUAAACCUUGGUUUAUUUUAAUAUUGCAGUUGGUACAGACAUUCAAAAUGCACAUAACUGAGCCACUCGUUUAUGCAUAUAACAUCCAGAGACUUUGGACUCCAGCUGCCUGCACUGCCCUAACCAUGUGCUACAUUUUUCACCAAGUGUUCUCUGCCCUGCUGCUGCCCUGGGGAGGUGCCCUCUGACAGCCCUUUCCUUUUCUCC